GAAAAGGCCUGAUUUCUGUUCAAUGUUUUAUUACGAUGAAAACUGAUCUUGGGAAUGGCUGAACAACCCUGACUUUCCACAGUGGAGUCUCUGGCUUCUUCUGGCUUCUUCAAAUUCACAUCCACAGGGCUGUUGAGUGCAGACUGCAAACACCAUGUCUGACUCGGUAAUUCUUCGCAGUGUGAAGAAAUUUGGAGAGGAGAAUCAUGCUUUUGAAUCAGACGGAUCGAAUAACAAUGAUAAGAAACCAAGGUCACAAGAGAAAAAGAAAGGUGAAGAGUUUCAAGUUGGCUUCUUUGAACUGUUUCGAUUUUCUUCAUCGACUGACAAUUGGCUGAUGUUUGUGGGAAGUCUGUGUGCAAUGCUUCACGGAAUGGCCCAGCCAGGCAUCCUUAUUAUUUUUGGUAUAAUGAUAGAUAUUUUUAUUGAGUAUGACAUUGAAAGACAAGAACUCGCGAUUCCAGGAAAAGCGUGUAUAAAUAACACCAUCGUAUGGAUCAACAACUCCUUCAACCAGAACGUGACAAAUGGAACACCAUGUGGGUUGUUGGACAUCGAAGGUGAAAUAAUGACGUAUUCGGGCAUCUACGCAGGAAUCGGUGCGAUUGUCCUUCUCCUAGGAUACAUUCAAAUAAAAUUCUGGGUCAUCGCUGGGGCUCGUCAAACAAGGAAAAUGAGGAAAAUUUACUUUCAGAGGAUAAUGAGAAUGGAAAUUGGGUGGUUUGACUGCACUUCAGUGGGAGAGCUGAAUUCAAGAUUCUCUGAUGAUAUUAAUAAAAUCAAUGAAGCCAUUGCCGACCAGAUGGCCCUUUUCAUUCAGCGCAUGAUGACAGCCCUCUCUGGGUUCGUGAUAGGGUUCUACAGAGGCUGGAAACUGACCUUGGUUAUUAUUUCUGUCAGUCCUCUCAUUGGGAUUGGAGCAGCCAUCAUAGGGCUGAGUGUGGCCAAGUUCACAGAGUUUGAGUUGAAGGCUUACGCCAAAGCAGGAUCUGUUGCUGAGGAAGUCAUUUCAUCGAUGCGAACAGUGGCUGCUUUCGGUGGUGAGAAUAAAGAGAUUGAAAGGUAUGAGAAAAAUCUUGUGUACGCGCAGCGCUGGGGAAUUAGAAAAGGAAUGGUGAUGGGAUUCUUUACAGGCUACAUGUGGUGCCUCAUUUUCCUUUGUUACGCGCUGGCCUUCUGGUACGGCUCCUCGCUAGUCCUGGAUGAAGAAGAGUACACACCAGGGACACUGGUCCAGAUUUUCCUCUGUGUCAUAGUAGCAGCUAUAAACUUCGGCCACGCAUCUUCUUCCUUGGAAGUCUUUGCCACUGGGCGGUCAGCAGCUUCCAGUAUCUUCCAAACAAUAGACAGGCAACCCGUCAUUGACUGCAUGUCAGAAGAUGGAUACAAGCUGGAUCGAAUCAAGGGGGAAAUUGAAUUCCAUAAUGUGACCUUCCGGUAUCCUUCUAGACCAGAUGUGAAGAUUUUAAAUAACCUCAACAUGGUCAUUAAACCAGGGGAAAUGACAGCCCUGGUGGGAUCCAGUGGCUCUGGGAAGAGCACAGCCCUACAGCUCAUUCAGAGGUUCUAUGACCCCUGCGAAGGAAUGGUGACUCUGGACGGCCACGACAUUCGCUCUCUGAACACCCGGUGGCUGAGGGACCAGAUUGGGGUGGUGGAACAGGAGCCGGUUCUGUUCUCUACCACGAUCGCAGAAAAUAUCCGUUAUGGGAGAGUGGAAGCAACGAUGGAAGACAUAGUCCAAGCUGCCAAGGAGGCCAAUGCUUACAACUUCAUCAUGGCCCUGCCACAGCAAUUUGACACCCUUGUUGGAGAAGGAGGAGGCCAUAUGAGUGGUGGGCAGAAACAAAGGGUGGCCAUCGCUCGGGCUCUCAUCCGGAAUCCCAAGAUCCUGCUUUUGGACAUGGCCACCUCAGCGCUGGACAACGAGAGUGAAGCCAGAGUACAAGGAGCACUGAAUAAGAUUCAACAUGAACACACAAUUGUCUCAGUUGCCCAUCGCCUAUCAACAGUCAGAGCUGCAGAUGUGAUCAUUGGUAUGGAACAUGGAGUAGCCGUGGAAAGAGGCACCCAUGAAGAACUGUUAGAAAGGAAAGGUGUCUACUUCAUGCUCGUGACCCUGCAAAGCCAAGGAGAUGAACCCCAAAAAGAAAAGGAUGUAAAGGAAAAAGACGCAACUGAAGGUGGUACACUCGAGAGGACUUUCAUCAGAGGGAGCUAUCGGGAGAGUUUAAGAGCCUCCAUCCGGCAACGUUCCAAGUCUCAACUUUCUAAUCUGACCCACGACCCUCCGUUGGCUGUUGCUGAUCAUAAAUCUACUUAUGAAGACAGCAAGGACAAGGACGAAGAGGUUGAACCUGCCCCGGUGAGAAGGAUUCUGAAAUUCAAUGCUCCAGAAUGGCACUACAUGUUGGUGGGAGCCGUGAGCGCGUCUGUGAAUGGGGCGGUCACACCCAUCUACUGCUUCAUAUUCAGCCAGAUCCUUGGGAUUUUCUCAUUCACCGAUAAAGAAGAACAAAGGUCAGAGAUUUACAACAUGUGUCUGUUUUUUGUCAUCCUGGGCUGUGUAUCCGUUUUCACACAGUUUCUGCAGGGUUAUACUUUUGCCAAAUCUGGGGAGCUCCUUACGAAGAGGCUGCGUAAAUUUGGUUUCAAAGCAAUGUUAGGACAAGACAUUGGCUGGUUUGACGACCUCAGAAAUAACCCUGGAGUACUGACAACUAGGCUUGCUACGGAUGCCUCCCAAGUUCAAGGGGCUGCUGGCUCUCAAGUUGGGAUGAUGGUCAACUCCUUCACUAACAUCGCAACGGCCAUACUCAUUGCCUUCAUCUUCAGCUGGAAGCUCAGUCUGCUUGUGCUGUGCUUCUUCCCCUUCUUGGCUUUUUCGGGAGCCCUGCAAACAAAAAUGCUGACAGGAUUCGCAUCUCAAGACAAGCAGGCUCUGGAGAAGGCGGGCCAGAUCACCAGCGAAGCCCUUGGCAACAUCCGCACCAUUGCGGGGAUUGGCGUGGAGAAGAGAUUUAUUAAAGCGUUUGAAGCUGAGCUGGAAACGUCAUACAGAACAGCCGUGAAGAAGGCGAACGUCUACGGGCUCUGCUUCGCCUUUUCCCAGGCCGUGUCGUAUUUUGCCAGCUCUUCUGCCUACAGAUACGGAGGUUACCUGAUAGCCGAGGAAGGGCUGCACUUCAGCUAUGUUUUCAGGACGGCCUCUUCGGUGAUGAUGAGUGCAACAGCUGUUGGAAGAACCUUCUCUUACACCCCAAGUUUUGCCAAAGCUAAAAUAUCAGCCGCACGCUUUUUUCAGCUGCUAGACCGAAAACCUCCAAUUAAUGUCUACAGCGGAGCAGGUGAAAAGUGGGACAACUUCCAAGGGAAGAUUGAUUUUAUUGACUGCAAAUUUACAUAUCCUUCACGACCAGAUAUCCAAGUUCUGAAUGGUCUCUCGGUGUCUGUGGAUCCAGGGCAGACACUGGCUUUUGUUGGAAGCAGCGGCUGUGGCAAGAGCACCAGCAUUCAGUUAUUGGAGCGGUUCUAUGACCCUGAUCAGGGGAAGGUGAUGAUAGACGGUCAUGACAGCACAAAAGUGAACAUCCAGUUCCUCCGUUCCAACAUUGGAAUUGUUUCUCAGGAGCCAGUGUUGUUCGACUGUAGCAUCCUGGAAAACAUCAAGUAUGGGGACAACACCAGAGACAUCUCCAUGGAGAGAGUCGUAGCUGCCGCGAAGCAGGCUCAGCUGCAUGACUUCGUCAUGUCACUCCCGGAGAAAUAUGAAACUAAUGUUGGAAGCCAGGGCUCUCAACUCUCUCGAGGGGAGAAACAACGCAUUGCUAUUGCUCGGGCCAUUGUACGAGAUCCUAAAAUCUUGCUACUAGAUGAAGCCACAUCGGCCCUAGACACAGAAAGUGAGAAGACUGUGCAGAUCGCCCUGGACAAAGCCAGAGAGGGUCGGACCUGUAUUGUCAUUGCCCACCGCUUGUCUACCAUUCAGAACUCAGAUAUCAUCGCUGUCAUGUCCCAAGGGGUGGUGAUUGAAAAGGGGACCCAUGAAGAACUGAUGGCCCAGAAGGGAGCAUACUACAAGCUAGUCAGCACGGGAGCCCCCCUCAGUUGACCCUACUCAAGACCUUCACCCGCAAGUCCAGGAAGGCUGCAGGCUGUUGUACUGAUACAGAGCAUCGUAAACCUUAUACAGAUAUCGCCAUUCGCUGGGACCCAAGCUAAUUUUGAGUGACCUUCAGUGUAAUAAUUCAGUUUGACAUGUCUGUGUAGAAAAGAGAGAACCCAGGGUCAGAGUGAGUGAAAAGCCAAGGUCGGGCAGCUGCUUGCCUACCGCUGCCCUGGGUGGGAGGUGAUCCCUGAGGCAGGAUCACUGAGAGGGCCUGAGGCAGGAUCACUGAGAGGGCCUGGGGUCUGCCUCUUGCACUUGUGACAGCUCCUUGCACAGAGAGCCUGCGUGUACUCUCAGCUGUUGCUGGAGUCAGAUCAAGGUCAAGGCCGAAGGACAAAGGCUACUGGUAUUUCUUGAUGAAGUUUUGUUUGUUUUCUGUACAGAAGCAGAUCCAUUUACCUCUAAUCCUGCGAAAGGAGCCCUUUCACAUUCUGGAGUCUCUCAGGCUUGGGGAGGGAAAGGUGAGCUAAGGGGUAGCAGAGGUUACCAGUCAGGUGUACUGACUUAGACUGAAGACUCGGGUGUUGGUGUUGCUGUGCCCUACAGUCGGAUCUGCCAGUGUGGAGCGGGGACUCUCUCGCAGGACUUCUGCUAUCCCUUCCCUGCCCCGCGUUGCCUGAUGUCCCUUAUUCCUGUGAAAUCCUGAUCAUAGAAUGGGAAUGCAGCAGCUUCUGAAGCUGUUACAUAAUAAUCUAGUUAAAUGUCGUAGAAAAACACCCCUGGUUGUCAUUUUCUUCAGAAUACCACUAAAUACCACUUCUUACUGCAUCAAAGGAGGCAUGAAGCCUUAGGAAUAAAGAAAAUUUCAAAAUGAUGACAGGAAAAAAAAAUGGUGAGCUAAAUUUGUGACAAUGGAUUUCAAAGACAAGAGGAAAUUGGCAUGCAGUCUGUUCAUCAGGAAGAGCUUGUAGACACAUUUCCUACCACAGACCCCUGGAAAGGCUAAGAGACAAAAGUCUCGGGGUCCUUUUGGAAGGAGGAGUCAGAGGGAUAAAUGAGCCCAAAGUUAGAAGAAUGGGCUGAAAACCUGUGUAAAUCUUGUGGGUGCACAGCCCACUCUUGCAGCAGGCUGGUAGCCCUGGUUCAGGUCCUGAAGGACACUAGCUACUGCUUCCCUUGCCCACAGGCAGGCUUGAGUAUAGGGACAUAAGCUACGACUGAAGGGGUGAGUCCUGUACAAGAGCCGAGGGCCUGGGUAUAAGAUUAUAGAUGAACAGAAAAUCUUGUGGCUGCCCUGUCUGGCAGUGAUCAAAGAAUUACUCUCUGGCUGGAGCAAUUGGUCAGUAUAAAAGCAGAAGAUCUAUGGUCUGAUGCUAGGAAAAUUCCCAAGGAAAAUUUCCCGUCCACACACAGUUCUACCAUGAAGUCCAACAGCAUGCAUCCACUGAGUGUGCUGUUUUCUGGCUGUUCGGUGUCUCUCUCAGGAGGAGACAGACUGGCUAGGAUUAGUAGAAUACACUUUAACAAGUAAAGCAACCACAACAGGGCACCAGGAGAUAGGAAAUGACAGCUAACAGACAAAGCAGAGAUUAGGGAAACACUGAGAGAGAGAGAGAGACAAGAUAAUUCCAGCUAUCCAAAUAAAACUAGGGCUCUAUGAAAAUGACCACACAGAAACAUGUGCAUGCUGGCACA